GCUGCAACUCCACCCCAUGCUGGUGGAGAAGGGAUCAGUUCCCACUGAUCGCAGGAAAGGGAGGUCACGGGGUUUGCUGGAUUAAAUCACCACAAAGCCAAAGGUUUUCUCUCUUGUCGCUUAUGGAGAAUUGCUCACAGCCUGUUUGAUUUGUUCCAAAAAGAAAAGCAAACAAAAAAAAACUGCUCCAAACCCUGAGUCUAACAACCAACAGCACACAAGGAAGAGCAGGUGUGUCUGGAGUGCUUGGGAAAACAAAGGGCAGAGAGGGAGACAGGAGCUGACCCUUGGAUGGGAAGUUUCCUUCCCAGCACAGGAGGACAACGUUCAAAAAGACUCGGACACGACCAGCACUUGUCUCACAGAGAGUAACCUGGGCAGUAGUGGAAAGCAAAGGAUGUUCAAGAAGGAUCCAGUUAGAUCUCCUCUUUGAAUCACCUGAGAAGGUCAGUACCCAGGUGAAGUCUCACUGCAGAUGAAUCUCUCCAAGAACCCUGACAAAUCACCACUGGAUACCCUCAUUGGUGACAUCAAGUAUAUUACUUGGCUAUAAGCUCAUUGCUGUUCUCUAGCCAUUCAUAAGGCUGUACAGAAAAGUGACUGUACAAAAUGCCAUCCCCAAUUACUGCAAGUCUCCAGUGCCUGUUUCUACUGGUCACAGCAUGUUGCCAGACAUCACAGGACUCAAACUUUGAUCCAUUCGUCCAAUAUGUAAUGGACAAUGGACUAGGAGAGGAAAGCUUCCAGUCUGAGAUGCAAAGGCAGAAGCGAAACAUACUUUUUUUUGACCUUCCCCCUCUGGAAUACACUGUUGACAUUGAAGUAAGCCUUAUGGAUUCAUCUUUUCUGGAGCCAAUCAAAGAGUACUUCAAAAACCUUAAUCUUCCAGUUUCAAUGAAUAUUUCAAAUGUUGAAAUGACGGUUUCAGACAUCAAUGUUACAACAGUCUGUCUGCCCAGUGGUGAAAACGAGAGCUGUUGUUCUUGUGAAAAUGGAUAUGCCUGGCCAAGUGCAGCAUGCAGUGACUUGAUAACCUGCCCUUCUGUCAGCCUAGAACCCAACCUGCCCUGUGGCUACAUGAAGAAAAUGCCAUUCCAUGGGCCUUAUUGUGAGCCUCAGACAGAAGACUCCUGUGAUAUGGGAGAGCCAAUUCUAAUGAAUAUGUCAGUCAGACUUGACACAGACUUUUCUGACGAUCUAAGGGAUCCUUCCUCGGACUUAUACAAAAAAUACAAAGCUGACCUCGAAAAAGCGUUUAAUGCUAGCUACAGAUGUUUACCAGGCUUUGUAUCAGCAACAGUAACUGGUUUCAGGCCGGGAAGUGUUUUUGUGAAGUAUGAAGUGAAAGCAGGAGCAGCAAGCUUUGAUCAGAUAGCAAGUGCUAACAAAAUUGCACCACAAUUUCUAGAUGCAUCAUACCACCUAAACCAAGCUACCUUCUCGACAGAAAUAACCAAUCAGACAAACUUCAUUGUGAGUCCUGCAGACAUUUUUGAAGGGGAUACAGUAAGACUGAUUUGUGAGAUAAAUUCAACAUCUGAGAAUGUGACCUGGUAUCACUUUGAUCAGAUUAUCUCAAACAACAUUCAAUAUAUGAUGGAAACACAUAUUUCAAAGAGAACCUCAAGGUCAAUUCUUAGAAUUUUCAACAUCACAACGAAGGAUUCUGGUUCCUAUGGGUGCACUUUCAAAAGCAGCAAUCAGUUUCACACACUGAUAUACAAGGCCUCAAAAACAAUAACAGUCUCUCUGCUACAUGUCACUCCAAACUUAAAUUACAUUGAUGUUGCAUGCAACAGUCCUGAAAUGCAGACAAAUGGUCCUCUGCUGUCCUGUUGUAUUGACAGACAUCUACCAUCACUUACUGGUGACUGGAAAGUAAAUGGAGCAAUCAGUAUUACAGGAGUCUCCAGUUUCAGUGAAAACUGCACUGAAUACAAGCUCAACAUCAAUGAGUCAUUGUGCCCACCUGAGAAGUCAGGUACAGUGACGACGUACACAUGUGAGCUGCAGACUGGACAUGGUGCUAGGCAGAGCCAAAACAUCAGAGUGACUUACUUCCGGGCAGCUCAUGUAACAAUAUCUUCAAGCAUAAACUCAUCAAUUUCCAUGGGAUAUGCAUUCAAUCUAACAUGUGAAAGUGAUGUGAACAAUUACGAGAGUAUAACUUGGAAAAUCCAAUCUGGAAAUAAUGCAAAAACUGUAAACUGUGAUAUGUGCAUCAGGAACAGCAAAUUUCCAGCCAAAUCCGUGCUCACAGUGAAGGCUGCCACAGAGGAUUGGAGUGGCACCUACAUCUGCACAUUCUCCCAGAAGUACUCAGAGAGUUCUGCCAACAUGACAAUCAAGGUUAUUCCCUUGCCUCUGAAGCAGAACAUCCUGUUAGACCCCAUUGAGACAUCUAUACAGUGCAAAGUGCAACAACCCCUUGAGUGCUGCAUAAGAGCUAACGCCAUUGAAGAUUACACUGUUACAUUUGUGGUUAAACAGAAUGAAUUUCAAGUUGGGAAAAGGAAAAAAGGAAACUUGUUUUGCUACAUGUACAAUUACACAGAAACAGAAUGUAGCAAAGAGAAAAAGCUGACUGCAUAUUGCAAGUUUAUUAACCACAUUGGACAGAAAGUCAACAGUGACAGUAUAAGACUGCACCUAAUACCUGCUACAGAAGUUUCCUGCUCAGACAGCUUUGGCGUUGGAAGAGAAGGGGGCACGUUAAUAAAGCCAUGCCGUCAGUUAAAUAAUACAGAUGAUUUUACCCGAGGCAAUACAAUUUACAAGUGCUACAACAAAUCAUGGAAGGUUAAAAGGAAUGACUGCCUGUCUGUACCAAUAAACAACCUACUGACUAGUGCCGAGUCCUUGGUCAACAGUCCUGAGGCAAAAGCAAACCUACCUAACUACCUUGCAGAGCUUAAGGAAAAGACAGGAAAGGAGCAAAACACAAUAAACAGUUCUCCUGCAAACUUAGGUGCAAUUGUUACCAUCCUGGAUAUGAUCUCCUCUAUCCCAGCAGAUGCAGAGGAGCUCACUAUUCAAAAUUUCCUCUCCACAGUAGACUUUAUUGUUGCUGAUUCCACAACUGAAGCCUGGGAAGAUCUGAAUAAAGAGGAAAUACUCAAAAGUUCUUUGUUACUGCAUUCAGUAGAAAAUUUCUCCCUGCGCCUCCAACCAGUUAAUAAUACCAUUCCUCCUGUGUCUGCAAACACCCUUCAGCUACAAGGUAUCGUUGUCACAGAGAAUAGAAGCACAAAUUAUAACAAGAACUUUCACAGUACAGAAAAUCUCACAGUUAACGUGCUCAUUGGUGAAACUGAAAUUCAGUCUCUAACUCAAAACUCAACCAUUAUCAGUGUAAUGUACUCAACACUUGGACAUAUUUUGCCCCAGAACGAGUCUGAGUAUGUGAAUGGCUUACUGAUAACAACAACUGUGAGCAGCAACAGAAGCCAGAAGUUUGACAUUAAUAUGACUUUUGCAAAGGAAAACUCCUCUCUAAAGAUGCCCCAGUGCGUCUUUUGGAACUUCACCCUCAACCAACAUGGAGGGGGAUGGGAUACUCAUGGUUGCACACCCACAGAAGUAGAAGAUCAUGUCAUUUGCUCCUGCAAUCACUUGACAUCGUUUUCCAUUCUGAUGUCACCUGAUAGAUCCUCCCAGCUCAUCUUUGAAGAUUAUAUUACCUAUGUCAGCCUGACCAUUUCAAUCCUGAGUUUGGUGACCUGCAUUAUAAUUGAAUCCUUGGUCUGGAAAUAUGUGACAAACAACACGACCUCCUAUAUGCGCCAUGUCUGUAUACUCAACAUAGCUAUGUCACUCCUGAUUGCUGAUGUUUGGUUCAUUGUCACCGCCUCCAUCAAUGACCGAAACCAACAAAUGAGCAGAAAUAUCUGUUUUGUGGCCACCUUCUUCAUCCAUUUAUUCUACCUGUGCGUCUUUUUCUGGAUGCUCAGCCUUGGACUCAUUCUUUUCUACAGACUGGUCUUCAUCUUGCAUAACACAAGCAAGACUGCUCAGAAAGCAGUGGCAUUCUGUCUGGGAUAUGGGUGCCCCUUUGUCAUUGCAGUCACUACCAUCGCUGUGACACUGCCAAAGAACAGUUACACCAGAAAAGAUGUCUGCUGGCUCAACUGGAAGGACAGCAAAGCUCUCUUGGCCUUCAUUGUACCUGCUCUGAUCAUCGUGGCCAUGAAUUUGUUCAUCACCGCAGUUGUUAUAAUAAAAAUUCUGAGGCCAACUAUUGGGGAUAGGUCAAAUAGGCAGGAGAGGAAGUCUUUGUUUCAAAUUGGCAAAAGCGUGGCCAUCUUGACACCACUGUUAGGCCUGACCUGGGGAUUUGGCUUUGCCACAGUCAUUAAAAACAGCCACCGGGCUUUCCACAUCCUCUUUGUUCUGCUCAAUGCUUUGCAGGGAUUAUUCAUUUUGGUUUUUGGGACUCUCUGGGACAAGAAGAUACAAGAAGCCUUGCUGAAGAGGAAUUCAGUGUCCAAAUGGAGUUCACAGCAAACAAAGUCAACCUCCCUGAUCUUGGUGACACCAAUGCUUGCCAUGAGCUACCCAUUUUCAAGAACCUUUAACAACUUAUGUGGGAAAACAGGAAAAUACAGAGUAUCUACUUCAGAGCCAUCCACUUCUUCUGAAAACACCUCCAAGUCAUAUUCUUUACUUAACUGAGGCACUGCAAAUAUUAAACCACAGAACUCUGGAAGGACCUCUGCCCUUUCCAAGACACACACAAGAAGUACCUGUGAGUCAUCAAGAAGUGGAUUGCUUCAUUUUGACUAUGCUGUACCUUGGUGCAUUCUUCUGGAAUAAUCAUCUCUGGUUAACAUGUAAGGCAAGGAAGCUUUGAGAGGUGGAAUUUUACAGAGGCUGCUAAUCCCAGAAGAGAUGACAAGAUGUUUCUUGGAGGGAUUUGAAGGCCUUCGAGUGCUGGAAAGACAUUGGGGAUGAAGAAUUCUCAGCCUUUAAGAGGGUGCUUAGCACUAUGCAGUACUGAGCCAUGAAUUGCAGUACUAUACACAGCUGUUGUCCAGUGGUUUUUAGUAUUUCCCUUAUCAACUCUCUGAAUGAUUCCAAAGGCCUGUGUAGAUACACAAGUACCUCAUAGCUUCUCUCCUGCCCUUGUAUUAGAAUCUGGAAAGACCAUAGAGUAUAAUGCUCUCCAAUUUUUAUUUAAGACUUUCUGGAACAAAAUAUUCACAACUGAGAAGGUCCAUUUAAGAUCUUCUCUUUCAACUUAGAUAAAAUGAAGACCAUGAUGAUUCCUGCAUAGUCUUCUUUCAGAUGGAAUGUACUGAAAGUUCCAAGUGGCACUUUUUUUGAAGAAAAGGAAGCUUUAUAUCCUUAACUAGAGUUGUCCUUUCCUUGAUAUGUAAUGUGGUAAGACAGAAAUGGUUGCUGCCCUCUACCACAGAAGGGACUGCAUUUAUUUAAUUCGUAGCAGUGUUAAGUAUGCAAGGAGAGUCUUGUGUUGAAUCCAUGUGUUUUGGUCUCCUCUCAGAGGAGAAUCACACUUGGAGUGCUCAGAGAGUCAUCUCUGCAGUGAAUAUAAACCACCAUGUGCCAGGCAGGAUGAAGGGCUUUAUAUAAACUAUUGCUCUAAUGCUACAUUUGUGGAACCAGUUAUUUCCAAUCCUAUAUACCUUUAAAGACCAGACUCCUGUGCUAAGCAGAGGGCUAUGAGAAAGCCUGCCCAGUAUUUAUAGCACACACAAAUGUUAUGUAACUUAACAUAAGAUAUGAUAGAUGGAAUCAUGAAGAUUUAGAUUUCAAGCCAAUAUCAAGUAGUGCUGUCAGGUGGUACCGGCCUGUUUGGUUGCUGGGGAAUCAGGUCGAUGUUUGCCAGUGGUGAACCUGUUCCCAGGACUUUGGGAGGAACCAGAGUGGGAAACUGUUGCCUAUAGUUACAGGCAUGUGUGACAGUUUGGUAUGGGCAGGUAGUAAUGACUGAAGACCGUAAAAAAGCAUCAAUCAACUGUACUAUUUGUAUUGAAAGCAAUUUCUUCUGGCUUGAAGAUGUGGAUAUAAUACUAGAACACACAUAUUAAGAAAUAUUUGAAAAUCCAUAACCUCUUUUGACUGCACAGCCAGUGCAAACUUGAAAGCCAGGACUUCAUGCAUCAUUCCAACUAAAAUUUGCCUUUGGACAGCCAUUUGGUCUAACUCACUCUGGAAGUAGCUUGUGCAAUAUUGACCUGCUGCAGAACCAUCCACUCCCACUAGUUAGAACAGGUCUUAUGUAAACUGUAAGGUUGGAGUUCGUGCAGACAGCAGAGUCCCACCACACCUUACCAUACCUUAUCUCUGCAGACAUUCCAUCUGAUUAGAAAACUCACAAGAAAGAGGACGGAGUUCUGGCUUGAAGAGGAAACAAAGACCUGCACAUGCUUUGGCCACUAGCAAAAAUCACCAACACUUGAACUACUGUUUAUAUUCACACACAAAGCAAAUUUUUCCUUCAUACAGCAGAAGUACAAAAAAAAAUGAUCUAAAGAUUAAAAAAAAGAUUUCUCUAGAGGAAGGCCAGAUGGCAGGUCAGACUUACUGUAGUCCUUCCCCUGGACAGUCACAGUUAGGGAAACAGCAGCACGUCUGGCAAGACCUACAGCCUCAUUCCAGAAGGCCCCAGGCCUAGUAGGACAUGCAACAGCAACCAGCAGAGCCUAAGAAGGCCCUGCAAGAAUGUGGGAUGUGUCCUGGUCAUGGACUAGACAGGGGGUUCCUCUUUCCUUUCCCCUUCUCUUGGGUCAGACUUUUAUUCCCAGCUUUCAGUAGGGAGACAGAGCAUCAAGCAAGGCCUAAGUGCACCCAGUAUCACCUGCUGACAUCUUCAGUGACUGCACACCAUUACGAGUUCCCCUAGUAGAGAGGAGUCAACGUGUGGUUUGGCAGGAAGUGAAGACAUGGCCUCUGCAUACAAGAGUAAACCAAAGUGUCAGAGCCAACAUGUUUCUUGAGUGAGUGGUGACAAUUUUCAGUCCUAUUCUUGGUGUCCCUUCACUCUAGGGACAUCAAAAUUAUAUGGAGGAUAGGACUUAGCUAGAACUUGCCUGUAUCCUCUCUGUCUCUGGAUUCUGUCUCUCACACACCAACUCACAAGAUAAAUCCUGUAAUUUUAUUCAUCUUUA